AGAACAUCCGGUCUUUUCAUCGGUUCCUUUACGCGGUGAACAUAAAAUAUACUACUGUUUGCUGUUUAGUGGCGCAGCAACUCAACGACUCAUCUUCUUGGUGUUCAAGUGUGGCUGCAUCCUCUGCCAGGUGCAAUUGUUUUUCUUCUGGCGUUGUUUCGUAAUCCCUGGUUUUUCAGCACUUCCCUCCUCCUCCACGUUUUGGCUUUAUAAGUCAAAGAGAGACAAGUUGAGUUACUGUUUCAUCUGCGGAGGUUGUACUCGGCCUUUCAGACACGCUGCGAGAGUCCACGCUGGCGUCCCUGUCGCGUCUUUUCCUUUCGGUGCUGAAGCAGGCAAUCCUUCCUCUUUUCUUUCUUUCCCCGUGACCGAAGACUUUCGCGAGCAACUGCUGCAGUCCUCUUCACAUCUUUUUUUUUUCCUUCUCGUUUGACGGACCAGAUAAAGUAAUGGCUUCCGUCGAGACUCGCGACGUGGUGAAGCAGUACGAGCUGCAGUGCAACGCCCUCCUUACCUCCCUUCGUCCUGGUGGUUCACUGUCUUCGAUCGAAGUGCGCAGCCCGUGCGAGGCGCUGCUCGUACCGCGGCAGAUAUCCCUCGAGGCAAUUCACAUUGUUCCAUUUCUGCAGGCCAGGCUGCAGCGAGCCCGGCCGGCUACCCCGCAUUCGCCCCCGCCGCCUCUGUCCGAUCUUUUCGGCGAGGGCCACGAUACACCAAAACGGGAGGAAGCCAACCAUGCCAACACGAAUGCAAAGGAAGCGUCUAUCGAGACCGACGCACCGUCAUCGCCGUCCGGCUUGUACUACUCUCCCGAGAACGAAGGCCCCUUUCGCGCUGCGCUGACCUCCUUUUUGGAGUACCACCUCCUUCACUUUGACGCCUUUGGCAAUUCAGAGUUCACAACGCUGCGCGGGCAGCGCGGUGCCUUUUCGGAAGACUUGGACCACGUAAAGCGAUUUGGCCACAUUGGCCAGGUAGCUGUGCUGGUGGACGCAGACCCACUGCAGCACCACGAAGCGUUGUUCAACAGCGGUGGUACGCAGGCGAAAAGGAGCCCCUCACCCUUUGGUGGGCAGAGCACGGAGGAGAAGUGUUAUCAUCCUGCCUCACUGCAGAUUUUUAUAAUUGACCGGCCACUGAUGGACUCCACCGAAGCCCGCUACAUCGUCGACACGCUGCGCAAGCUGACUGUGCGUGAGGCGACCGUGGCCAACGUGACGGCACGACUCAAGGCGCUGUUCAGCAGCCCCCCGACCUCACCCCGGCAAGGCCCACAGCAGCAGCGCAGUGGUGGCGCUACACAGCUGCCGCUUCUGAUGAGCAGUGAUGACAACGCCGCUCACGCGACCGCCGCGGCAGCACCAACUGCAGAUUCGCCAAGGCUCAUCUCACCAAGGAGCGCCGCGUUCACUUCGCCGUCAUCGUGCCAGGUCAUGCGUGCCGCCUACGACUCGGAAAACGAGUCCAUUGCAGAGACCGUCGUCAUCGAUGACUUCGCGGAGGACGUGCCAGAGGAGCCGGACCUAGCCCCGUACGUGAGCAAGUAUACCCAAAUUAGUGAGCAGCAACGUCGACGCAGCGAAACGAGCCGUGCGUCGGAAGAGGCAACGCGUCCGCCCAUCGUUACGGGGAAGGCGAUCACUGCGAACGAUAACAACAAAACCCACAAAAGCGGCAAUCAUGUGGUUGUGGCCACAUCUCUGGUGCCAUGCGUGGCCGACCCCAACAACGGAAGGGGCAACGCCGUGGCCCAGGUGAAGGCGCAGGUGGUGGCGACUCCACCGGCCUCCAGGGAGGAGAACGCGGGCACAAACUCCACCAGCAGCCGUGACCGCGUCGUCUCUGUCACCAUGACGGCGUCCAGCCCGAGUGCCGCAACGCCGUCCGACGCCACCCACGCCAACGUACUACGGCACGAGUACAGUCGUGAGUGCGUGAAGGACUACCGCCGCGUGGUGGCCGCAGACAACGAUAUUUCCUACAGCAUUUUUGAGCACUUGAUGUCCCUGCGCUGCAGCACGCCGCUGGCUACGCUGAUGAGCUCCUAUGUGUCAAAGAACCAGCAGCUGCAGCAGCCCAUCUUGAACAAUGUGAAGUACAACAAAUUCAUUGGGUCUUGUCAUGCACUGGUUCAUCAAAUACCACGAUUUGCAGCAGAUCGCAGGCAGGCGGCUAUUCUGUACGAGGGAAUUGAGCGGUACGUCACGUCGCGACUGUAUCAUCAGUUCUAUAACGUGAGCGAAGCCGAAAAACAGCAGAACUCGAUGCUGCAGGCAGCGUUUAUGCGGCUGGAGAACAUGACGGCGGAGCAGCUGGACGCACUGCCGGAGGUGGAGCGCCACCACGUGUGGGGUCAGGCGAUGUUUGAGCUCGACGGCAUGGACUUUUUCAAAUCACCGCGCGAGAAACUGCGGUGUGGGAUGCGGGCCUGCGAGCUGAUAAGCCUGGCCGUCGGCGACAUUCUCCGCCAACGCCGCAAUGCAAAGCACCCGACUCCUGCGAAGAACGCGGUGCCUGCUGCAUCGUCCAGCAGCAACGUGUCCCUCGCCUUUGGCGCUGACGAAUUCCUCCCGUGCUUUCUGCUGCUGGUGCUGCGUGCGCGGCCGCUCAAGUACGUGCAGAACAUUUCGUACAUGGAGAAGUUUCGCUACGCCAGUUUGAUGUCGCCGGAGGAGUCGUACUGCUUCGCAACGAUGCAGUCGGCGAUGAUGUUCUGGCUGAACUGCAAAGAAGAUGGCCGCGUGGGCUCCAUCGCGGCAUCACCCGCCACUUCGUUGUUACCGCCGCCGGCGCAAGGAGGCGGUACGCCAAAGAGGCGCGGCUCCGCGAGUGUAGGGGCGCUGAUCAACGCCGCGGUGCCGCUACCGCCUGCCCAUGCGGCCCCUCUUAUGACGGAGCAGGACUUGCUGCCGUCCGUGCGGCAGGCCUCCUACACGGCCCGUGCACGUGGGUUGGCUGCGGCCGCGACGAAUGAGCCGCCCCAACAGCCCGUCGACUCCCCCGCUGGGGCGACCGUCAUGGCGCGGGAGGAGGCGCCGACGGUGCUCGACGUUCUCUUCGGCUGGGCAAACCGAAGUCUAGCGCCGCUCGCGGACGAAAUCGGCCUCGGCGGCGGGUCGCGGAAGGCCACGGACUCUGCCAGCAGCUUUUCUCCGACUGAGGCGUCGUCGCCCGCAAAGGCGGCCGCUCAAGGCUCUGUCUCGCCCGGUCCACAAGGAAAGAAAAUGAAGGCCGGUGCGAACCACGCCCUCUUCCAUCCAGGCCUGGACGUGACGGUGUCGCCGUCUUCUCACGGCACUCCGCCAACUCCACAGCCGGUGCACCAACCUGACGCCAACACGCGAGCCCUCGUGCGCGAGCUGCUCGUUACGCAGCGCAAAACGUUUGAGCAGCUCACGCUGACUGAGAUCGAGAUGAUCGUGGAGGAGGCGCGUCAAAUGCUCAUGGAGAAGAAGUCGCCGCCGUUGGAACCGGAGAAGAAGACCAUACAACACAGGGAAGAGAGUGUAUGA